AUGCAGCCAGGCCGAGAAAUUAAGGAUCACGACUCCCGUUACUACUACUACUACUACUACUACUACUACUACUACUACUACUACUACUACUACUACUACUACUACUACUACUACUACUACUACUACUACUACUACUACUACUACUACUACUACUACUACUACUACUACUACUACUACUACUACCACUACUACUACUACUACUACUACUACUACUACUGA